AUGACCUCUACUUUCUCAGAGAUCCUGCCAGAUGCAGAAAGCUUCCUUCAUGGCAGCACAAAUAGUUUCCAUUUCCCAGUCAAGAGCCAGCAUCCAAGACGAGCUUCUGAUUUGACACUGAAUGAAACAAAAGAUGGCCCAGAACUUGAUGGAAGCCAGGAAAUGGAGGCCCAACUGCCAGAAAAUCUCUGCAACAUCCCAGAAAUCCCCAUGGGCAGAAAAGAAGUGCAAGCUAUGCUGUUCAUUGUUGACUUAGCUUGCUUAGCCUCCGCGGAGGGCCAGCCAAAAUUGAACAGGCUGACUCAACCGGUGGAGGGGCGAAUUUACGAUCAGGCCCACAAAACGUUUGUUUUGAAGACAAAGUCCCCCACAAUCCCCUUACGCCAGGAAACACAGGAUUUAAAAGCCUUGCAGAUGGAGGCUUUCGUCGAGAAGGACAAGCAGAGACAAGUCCAAGUGCUUAAUCUCUUUCUCUUUCUCCCGCUCCUCCCCACCGUGCUCGCCCGGGCCGAGGGGAGGAGGGACCCAAGAUCCGCUGCUCGCGGCGACGAGGCCCGCAACCCUGCGCCGGGAGGGGCGGGUCGGGGCGCGGCCGGCGAGCGGGGAGCGCGGCCGAGCGGCGGGGCCGAGCGCGAGGAAGAGGAAGUCCGAGCCGGGCGGCGGUGCAGGGCGCUCGGCUGGCGCCGCAGCCGGCGCAGCGCAGCCGCACCUUCCCCUGGCCGACCUGCGAGCGGGGCCCGCGCCGGCAGCCGGCCCUCCCCGGGUAAGUGUCCCUUUCGCUGGACACCGGCUCCUUUUCCAGGAAUGGGACCGCGCCUCCGGGAACGCCAGGAUGGGAGGGACGGGAAGGGGACCCGGGGGACGCCCCAGAUCCGCAGGUGGAGGCGAGCGGACCGGGGUGCCGGGUUCCUGUUCCCCGCGCUCUCCCUCCCGGAUGGGGGCCAACGGGGUUGGGGGAGCGCCCCGCCGCCGCGGCCCCGGCCGCCGCUGCCCACCGCCGCCUGGAGGGGGCGACCCGCGGCCGCCACCGCCCGACUCCAGGGGUCCGGCCCCGAGCCGCGGUGCUCCCCGCCCUCCAUCCGCAGCCGCGGGGGCCGGAGCGUUCGCUCCUUGGAGAAGAGAUUCCUCAGUGCGCUCGGGACUGUUACCAAGUCAACCCUGCAACUCAAACGGGACAGUCCGAGAACGGGACCCGAGCACCCUCCGCCCUCGGUCCGCUCCCGCCGCGGGUACCCGCUCCUGGCCCCCCGGACGGUGGACCGCGGUGGGAGUCGGAGGCCCCGGCUCUGUGGCGCGUUUGGUUUGGAGGGUCUCAGCCUUUGUAGAUAG